UGUUAUUUUAGAUUCUUUCUUUAGUGGGCAGGUGCUUGAAUCCUCUCCUUGGAGGUUUGCAGGCCUAAAGUCCAGAUGUGUCCGGAUGUUGACUUGAAGGAUAUCAGCUCCUAUAAGCCCUCAUCUUGGUGGUAGUUGUUCCUCCCCUGGAUGCAAAGCAAGAAAAUGCAGUUGGCCCUGUGUCCAUCCUCCUCCUUCCACAGACCCAGCAGCUGCAAAUCAAAACUAUCAGGAAAGAAAUUGUAUCCUGUGGACAUUUACUUGUCAUUGUUUCCUAGAUCAUACAGGGUUAUGGAGAAUUACAUUGAGAUUUUAUUGUAUUAGGUGUCAGAAACAUCAUGGGUAGAAGAUAUGGAAAUACUCUGUCAUUUUUAAAAGAGACUUGAGCAUGUGAGGACUGUGGUGUUCUCUGUGCACUUGGAACAGACCUCCUGUGUAUUUCCUGUGAUGUUUCUGAUUUCCAGACUUGAGAACCUUUAGGGCUUCACUGUGAGUCAGCCCCAUGGAAAUGCAGUAUGUGGGCAGUCAGAGGUGGUGUGUAGAACCUCAGUGAGGGCUUGAAAGACCACAUCCCACACCGCAACCAGGAGCAGAGAAGGGAGCCCUCUCCCCAUGUUGUGGGAACUUGAAGACAUGAUCAGGCCAUGGAGUCUCCUCAUUUGGGAAGGGGCUACUCAAAGAAAUCCUUGUUCCUGUUUUACCUUCUGCCACAGGAGGACACAAGAAGGUUUUCAGAUGGUGAAAAUGAUCUGUUUCCGAACACGGAUGAGCCCUGUGGGAUAGAGACGCUUGAAGGUAACAGAGAGGCAGAGCUCAUGAACCAGCUGGUGCCUGUCUUUUUUGGUAGGAACCCCGACUGGGGCAGCACCUUCAGGUCUAUUUACUCAGCUUUCAUCACCAGCCAGCAGGUGCUGGAGCUGCUCUUCCCAAGUGCCGUGCCCAUCAACCCGGGUACCUGGAUGGAGCAGUACAGCGAGGCUUUCCAUCAGCCUCCAGGCCUCAUGAUUCUCCAGCUGCUGCUGCCUUACCUUCAACUGUACAUGGGUGGCUUGAAUCUGGAGCGCCAAGCACACCACCUGCUGGCACAGCUGGAGGAUGGCAAGUCCAGCGAGGCAGAGCCUGAGUUCCAGGAGGCCCGGGCUACAGACUCACUUCCAAUGCCCACCCCAGGGCUAGAGACUCAUCAAGGAGCUGCUCUUGUGGCCAGUGAAGGAGCAGCACCAUCGCCAGAGGCAGAGCUCAAGUCCAGUACCCCCAAGGUCUCUGCUCCGAGCUCCACAGUACCUCUGUACAACCAGCGAGUGGGAGACAGCUGCUCCAUUCAUGUCCAUCUAGAAAAUCAAAGGCGAAUGGAGUAUAAGAACAUCGUGGUGACCUGCCAGGAUAGGGCACCCGCGGUCAUACGGAGGGCCUUACAAGAACACUUGCUCAAUGAGGAGGAUCCAGAGGACUUUGAGCUGCUUCAGAUUGUGUCGGAGCAUAAGAUGCUGAGGAUCCCUGCUGAUGGCAAUGUGUUUUAUGCCAUCAAUCCCCGCGUGGACUUUGAUUUUGUCCUCAGGAAAAGAGUCACCAGGAAGUGGGCCAACAGCAAAACAAAUGAGUUCUUGGAGUCCACUUCUUUGGUGACUCCCAGGAUACCACGAGCUGUGAGCAGCAGCUCUUCAGUGGCAGCCAGACCACUGCCCCAGGCCACUGAAAGCAAGGACUCCGGUACCAAUAGUGUCACCAACAGCAGUUCCCUACUGCCUCAUUACAACGAGCAGGCAGAAGACAGCAGCUUCGUACAGGUCCACCUGGAGGAGCAGACCAGGAGGGAUUCACAGCGCAUCCUGGUAAGCCUGCUGGCAGGGCUGCCUCCUGCAUGA